UAGAUUUAAAACUAGCAAGAAAUGUCAAUGGUAAUGAGAUGCUGUUUAUCAGGAAAGGGAUUCACAAGGAAAAUAUGGUGCUGCUGCUGAGUGGGACAAAUGUGUUAGUGACAGCAGACACAGAUAAGGGUGGGAUAGUUGAUGUCGUCUUUGGCUCAGACUUCACCAAUAAGGUCUCCCAGGCCUUUUGCUACAAGGCAGGGUUCAAGGAGAGGAGGAACUACAAGUUGGGGAAGAGGAUUGAAGUGGGGAUUGUUUACCUGACAAGUCCGUGGGCCCAAGGGGACCGAAUUCAAGGGUGCUGAGAGCUGACAGUGACUUCACGAAGCUACUGAAAGGCCAUGAGAUUGGGGAGAUCCCCAAGACUGGAGAAAGGCAAGUCUUAAGUUCAUCUUCAAAAAGAGUAAGAAGGACAAUCCAGAGAACUACAGGCUGGUCAGCCUCACUCCUUCCACCUGUGGAAAGAUCAUGGAGGGAAGCCAUUUGUAGGCAUAAGAAGGAGCAGGUGGUGACUGGGGAUAGCCAGCUUGGGAUCUACCAAGGAUAAAUCAUGCCUGACCAACUGGAUUAUCCUCUGUGACAAAAUAACUAGAUCUGAAGAUGAAGGGAGAGUGUUGGAUGUCAUCUACCGUGGGCUUAAGGGGACCUAAUGGAAGCCUUUAUAUACCUAGGAGGAGAUUAUUGAGAAGAUAGAGCCAGUCUUUCUACUUGGGUGCACUGCAGAGGAAUGAGAGACAGCACAAGUUGGAACAGGGGAGGUUACAAUUCAAAGUAAGGAAAUUAGGACAGUUAGGCAUUGGGACAGGUUGCCCAGAAGGUUUGUCACAUUUCUGUCUUUGGACGUUUUCAAGAUCCAACUGGACAAAGUCCUGGGCCUCAAAGUGUUGACUUUGCUUUGAGCAGGGGUUGCACGGGGUGACCACUUGGGGUCCCUUCCAAACUGAAUGAUUCUGUGAUACUUAAAUAAUGUAUUGUUUGUGAGGAACAGAAGAGAGCAAAUAUAGGGCAAUAGUGUAAUCUUAGAAAUUUUGGAUAAACAGGUUACUGUGAUAUUGAUUGAAAUAUUAAUUUAAAAGUACAGUAUAAAAGAUGCUGCAGAAUAGAAUGUAAAAUGAAGGAUGCCAGUACUAGUAACUCCAUAGCACAAGAUUUUACUCCAGUCUUCUAAAAUUCUUUGGAGAAGAAGUCAAAUAAAUAAGAACUGAUCAAUACAAUACAGUUGUCUGGACUACUAAAGUGUAUGACUUUUGAAAUAUCCCUCAUGGGAGAUAACUGAGAAAUUAUGUUGUCAUGAAUCAAGUCCUGAUUAAGAUACUAAAACAAAAACUGAAGAUAGAAGUUCAGUUUUUCCUGCUUUUAAGAUUUUCCUUGGUCUACUUUAUUAAGACUUACAUUAAAUCUGAAAGUGGUCUGGAAAAGGCAUUACUAGUAAAUAAGCAAAAUCUGCCACUGUCACAGUUAUUAGUCAGGAAGAGAGAAAAUCCUGAGGAACAGAAGAAUCCAAAGGGCUUGGGGCAGGGGGGGGGGGGAGUGAAUUGAUAUUAUGGUGGUAAGUGAAAUUAAUUAUUGAUGAACACAGUGGAGUGCGUUGGAAGGAAUUUUGUGCUAUUGGUUCAUGUUACUGGGUUGCGAGUUAACUGCUACUGAUGUUGAAGGUAGCUGAAAAGGAUAUGUUAGUGAAAGUCCUUUUAAUCAUCAGUGUCAGUGAAAAAUGAAAGUAUUGCUGAGUUUAUAAAGAAUGGGUUUGAUAAUAGCAUUGCAAUAUAAAUUGAAGGUGUGCACUUUCUUGGAAAAAUACCUUCCAUUGUACACCUGUCUCAGAAAAUAGUAGAAAUAGGAGUUUGGAAACAGAUGGAUAAAAAUAUUACCAUGCCUGAAAACAUAAUGUAAGUAGAUCCAUUUAACUGAAAGUUAUGAUGAAUAAGAUAAUGCAUGUGUAGGCAUGCAAAAUAAUAGCUGGCAAAUAAAUUAAAGGAAAGGGUCUCUUACACCCUGGAAGUCUAAUAAGUCUAUUAAAUUGGAAGACCACAUAUUCUUUAUAGUGCUCAAUUAAGCUUGUAUGUAUUUGGCAGAAGACAAUAGUAUGCUGAAGAAACGAGAGACUCAGAAAAUUCUUAUAUGUUUUAAGAAUAACAACCCACUAAUUAACUUUUUUUUCCCCCCACAGGGAUUUAAGCCACUUAGAGUAGUCUGCAUUGGGCGGUCACUCCAUGAUUGUCCAUUGUAGGAUUUUUAAUAUUAUCUCAGAUACUUCAGAGAGUUUUGUUACCUUGUAUUUGGUCUUGUCCAUCCAUUGUCAAACAGUUCUUGUACAAUAGUGAAGAAGUGUCAAACAGAGACCUAACCUGACAAAGGUGCCUUUAGGGCUGGGCUAAUGGGUUGAUGCUUAGUUGCAAGAGGGUGCAUCUAAGUUCCUGUCCCUGCUCCAGGAGUUGCCUGCAUAUUCCCUUCAUUUACUGCUUUGUGCAACAUCAGUUCUGCUCUGGGUUCAAGGAUUAUAACACAGCCCUCUAAUGUCACAGCUGCGUUAUCAAACUGCUGCACAAAAGACAGCAUCAUACCCACUUUUUUCCUAUUUCUUUUUCCUAAACAACAUUUGAAUUAUGUUCUGUACAAAGAUUCUACUUCAACCAGAAAGUCAAGGAGAACUCUCGCACGGAAUAACCUGUGGUAUCGUUGCUAAAGCACUGUACUGUUCUUGCUCCAAGGCUAUCAAGUUGCUAUAUGCUGACUUCACCACCAGAGGAGCAGUUUAUGAAUGAAAACGUGAAUGAAUGUAAUUGGAUUUAGGUUUAUAAGUAUCAAACCACUGUUCUGAUCUGUAAACAUCUGGAAAAAGCCACCACCAAAAGCAAUAAUUUGCCUUUCGGACCAGGCCAGUUAUUGGUAUUAGGCUGUUUGACAGUUGUGUUAUUGUGGUCCAGUAAGGAGGACAUAUUUAUCAAUUUACUUUUUUCAGAUGAUGCUGUUUUUAAGACAGCUAUUGAUGUGUUCAUCUUUCCAUUAAAUAUACUUACCUUCUUCAACUUACAAACAGAUAUUUUUUUUAAUUUGAAAAUAUAUGCCUAAACUGAGCAUACUUGAACUAUUUAAGAAGCCCAGUUUCCUCCCUUCCCAUGAGAAAUUUCUUGUGAUGUUAGUUAUAACUGCAGUAGCCUAUGACAUAAUAAUUCGCCCUUGACAACAGAGAAAGAAUUCCUGUGAUUUCAUAUGCAAAUAAAAGAAUAAAUACAGUGAACCCUUUUGAAAUUUGGAUUUUAACAGUUUCUUUACAAUAGAUGUCUUUUUCUAAAGACAGCGACAGCUAGAAAUAAAUCUGGGAAGUGUUACCUUCAGAAAGAUGAAAAUGGAAUUAGUAUGCUUACGCUUGUUCUCUAAAUACUGCAGGCAUCCUGUAUUGGCUGCUAAUGACUGUUGAGGCUACUUGUUCCUUACGUACACAAGUAUAUAUUCCUAGAAGAAGCCUCAGAAAAGAACUUAAAGGAUUUUUUUAACAGGGAAUUAUUUGAAAUUUCUGAAAUUAGUGUUUUAAUUCUACUGUUGUCACUCAACAGAAGGUUUUGCAGAGUCCUAAUUUAAGAAUAUAUGGUACUGAAACUUGGAAGACAUAUUUACAGAACAAAGAAAUGGGAGAGGUAACGCACCCACAGAACUCGGGAGCAGCCUGAAAAUUUAUCAGAGAUAGACGCAUAAAAAAAGAGGACACCGCUAUGGCUGCUACAGUGAACUUGGAGCUUGAUCCCAUUUUUCUGAAAGCCCUGGGCUUCUUGCAUUCUAAGAGUAAGGACUCUGCUGAAAAGCUGAAAGCGCUUCUUGAUGAGUCCUUGGCCAGAGGAACUGACUCAAGCUAUCGUCCAUCUCAGAAGGAAGUAGAGCAACCAAAAGUAUCUGUUACCAAACCUAUUUCCAGUAAGCAAGAGCCUAAAGCUUCUUCUAGUUUGCCUUCUGGCAACAGCAAUGGCAAGCCCACUGCAUCAGAAAAGGUGAAAAAAGAAACAGAAAAGAGAUCUGCUGAUAAAAUAAAAGGGGAUGCCGCUGAAGGAGCUGAUGCACCAAAGAAGCCCAGACUAGAGAAGCAGGAGGCUCGUUCCUCUCCUAUUACAGUUCAGACGAGCAAGGAUUUAUCCAUGCCUGAUUUAUCUAGCUUUGAGGAAACCAGUGCUGAUGACUUUGCUAUGGAAAUGGGAUUAGCCUGUGUUGUUUGCAGGCAAAUGACAGUUACUUCUGGGAAUCAGCUAGUGGAGUGUCAGGAGUGCCAUAAUCUCUACCACCAGGAUUGCCAUAAACCUCAGGUGACAGACAAGGAAGUGAAUGAUCCUCGACUUGUAUGGUAUUGUGCCCGCUGUACCAGGCAGAUGAAAAGAAUGGCUCAGAAGACACAAAAACCACCUCAAAAACCAGCUCCUGCAGUGGUUUCAGUUGCACCAGCUGUGAAGGAUCCAUUGGUCAAGAAGCCAGAAAUUAAGUUAAAACCUGAGACCCCACCAACUUUUCUAGCAUUCAAGAGAACUGAAGUCAAGACCUCAGCGGCAAUUUCGGGGAACUCAGCCAGUACAAGUGUUUCCUCUUCAGCAACCAGUGGCCUUACAGGAUGGGCUGCUUUUGCAGCCAAAACCUCCUCUGCCAACCCAUCAACUGCCAAACUGGGAUCAACAGCACAGAGCACCAGUGGGAAACCUGCAGCUUCUUCAAAUAACCAGAAACCUGUGGGUUUGUCAGGGUUGGCAACUUCCAAAACAGGACUAGGGUCAAAAAUAGCUUCUGCCAACAACAGCACAAACCCCGUUCAGCUGAAACCUCUUCCACCUCUGACGCUGGGGAAAACCACUCUUAGCCGUUCGGUAAGUAGUGACAACGUCAGCAAAGUAGGUCUUCCUAGUCCCAGCAGUACUACGCCAAGCACCAGCAGCCAGGUGAGCAGUGGGAAUGGCAACAGUGGGACUGCAGGUAACAGCGGGGGCAGUGCAAGCAAAACCACGGCAGAUACUGGUAAUCAGUCAACCUCCCUAAAAGGCCCGACUUCUCAGGAAUCUCAGCUCAAUGCUAUGAAAAGGUUACAAAUGGUGAAGAAGAAGGCUGCUCAAAAGAAACUCAAGAAGUAGUGUGGCUGCUUGCUAAUUUUGUUCGCUGUGUUCUGUGAAACAGCAGCAUUGGUGUUUUUCUUAAAGAAAACCCCCCGGUUACUGGACUGAAACAGUGGUUAAAUCAGGGAAGCCCAAAACCUAUGUUAUAUAGGAGGUCAAACUUUGAUAAUCCUAGUAUUCCUUCUGACUUUGCAAAUCUAUGAAUUUAAUAUGUUGCAGGAAUUCACUAUUAUAUGCUCCUGUUUUUUAGCUCAAAGCACUGAAACUUGAAAUUGUAAAAGUUGGGUAUUUUGGAGUAUAAAAAAAAAAACCAAAAACAGAUUUAUGUGGACACUUAAUAAAUUGAACUUACUGAAACUGUCAUUCUUAAAUGUUAUUAAUAAAAGUAUUCUUAAUCUGGGAAA